AUGCACAAAAUCACCAAGUCCUCGACAUCCAUGCCACGACGGAGACGCCCCAACAAAAAGCUGAUCACCACACUCGAUGCUUUGGCCGAUGCUUUACCAGAUAAUGGGGCCGAGACGUCUGUAUCUGGUACCGCUGGCUCAAAACCGCAAGACCAGAUCAAUAUAAUCAAGCGGAAGAGUUUGAAAUCUAAACCUGGUGCUAUGAAGAGGAGGGAAAAGCUUGACAAGAGUGAACGGGAUAGGUUUGCAAAAAAUAUGGCUCAACUCGCUCCAUCGAGUACGACGAAUGGCGCUGGUAUCAACGAUCCAGUACCGACUGGAUCCAAUCCACCUGUAGCACAACCUACCCAUUCCACAAGCCAGAGGUGGGCUGCUCUUCGAGGGUUCAUCUCGCAAACCCUGGAGACAAAGCCUGAACUGGCAAAUCUGAAGACUUGA